UGCCCGUGUCUUUCCUGCCUGCCUGUAUAAAACCUGAAGUUCCCUUUAAACUCACUUACAGAUGGAGAGACCCAACCGUGACAGCAUAACUCAGUCUCCACACUAAAACUUGCUCUUUUUUACAGACCUGUAAGCACACAUCUAGUUGACGCCGUGCACGGUUUUCCAGACCUUUACCCUCGUGUGCGCGUUCAGCCCUUCGGCUCCAUGACGGGACUGUGUGCGCUCUGCCUGACCGCCCUGCUUGCAGCGUUCGCCCGGCUGGCUGAAAGCGUCAGCCCCGUGAUCCGUUGCGAGCCGUGCGACGACGGAGCGCUGGUGCUGUGUAAACCGCUGCCCCGGGACUGCACCGAGAGCGUACGGGAGCCGGGUUGCGGAUGCUGCAUGACGUGCGCGCUCAGCGAGGGCCAGGCGUGCGGAGUGUACACGGCGCGCUGCGGUACCGGGCUGAGUUGUCUGCAUCGUCCGGGGGAGAUCAAACCGCUGCAGGCUCUGCUGGAGGGACGGGGAGUGUGCACGAAAGCACCAGAUAAAGGGUCGGUGGGUAAUCCGCUGGGACCUCAGGGACACGAUAACCCUGAUGAGGAAGGAGAAGAACAUAUCUCCAAUGGUACCCGGAUAACAGGCGCUGUGGCAACUGAAGUGGUCCAGCACACCACAGUUGUUUCCAGAGACACGCAGGGAGGGCAGAGGACGGCGACAGAGCCCAAAAGUUCACAACACAACAGUAAACAGAUGACAAUGCAAAAAGAUCAAGAUAAGAAAUCCCAAAGCUUUUAUAGAGUGGAACAGGUGUCAAACGGGGUCCAUACAGAUAGUCACAACUUCAGUCUGGAGUCAAAAAGAGAAACUGAAUAUGGCCCGUGCCGUCGGGAGAUGGAGAGCGUUCUGAAGAGUUUUAAGAUCUCAAACGUGCUGAACCCAAGAGGCUUCCGCAUUCCAAACUGUGACCAAAAGGGUUUCUACAAGAAAAAACAGUGUCAGCCAUCCAAAGGCCGCAAAAGAGGUUACUGCUGGUGCGUGGACAAGUACGGACAGCCUCUGCCCGGCUUCGACAAAAAGGAUAAAGGCCAAGUCCACUGCUAUAACCUGGAGAAGAAAUAAGCGAGAGACAGCGAAAGAGAGAUGUCUCCCCAAAAGAACUGCAUGAAUACAAAGUAAACGUGGGGGGAGGAGAUUUUUCAAGAUGUCCCAAAGCUGAUCGUCCACUUGUAUGCUGAGGCACGUGACCAUCAAUCACUUUAGGGGGAGUGACGAAAAUAAGAGAAGUCAGAAUGAAAGAGAGAGAGAUUUUCUGUUUUGUAUAGGCUAUACAAACUCUCAACUAAAUUCAGCCGUUGAUAACAGCAUGUUAAGCCCGAGCACACGUCCUCUUGUGUAUAUGAGAGAUUUCUAUGAGCGUAUAUAGCGUCAACUUUCUCUCUCUCUUUUUUACAACAGCAUGUAUUUAUCUCUUCAUUUCUGCUAUGACAAACAGCAGAUCUCUCUCUUCGUCCCACUUCCCGUUUCUGUCCUCCUGGUGUAGUGUCGUUUAAACUGGGCAUGCUCAGUGGCACUAGGCGACUCUUGCCAACGAAUCCAUCUUAAGCACAAGCACUUCAUGCACUUUGGCCCCUCAUCGAAAACAAACUUCAGCCUGUUAUUACGGCCUCGCCACACAACCAAACUUCCAGCUUGAAUAAACAAACAGGACAAAACCUCAUUCUCAAUCAGAUCUGCUAUUGAGAGUUGAAUUUGUAAACUAUUAUUUUUUUAUCGGAAUACCGUAAUAUUAUCAUUUACGUUUAAUUAUAUUGGAUCCACCACGAGCUUACAGUAGUAAUAACGUUCUUUUUGUCCUGCUGGUGGAUUCGGGGCAUCAGCCAGCAUUGAUGCAGCCCUAAAAUAUGAGCAUCAUCUCACCAGAUUUUCGAAACAUCAAGAUGCACUUUGAAUUAAAGAUUGACGCUCCAAAUAUAAAAUACGGCCAUUAAUGUCGUUUGACAUUUUUAGGCCUUUGCUAAAAGCAUCUCUGUCUUUGUUAUAGGUAUGAAUGUAACCGUAUUGCUACAGGGCCUUGAAUAACCGCUCCAAAAUCGCUGUACAGAAGCUAGAAAUAAUAAUUUUUAGGCAGUUUUUUAAAUCGAUGCCUUAAAGGAUCCCAUGCAAAAAUGCGUUGGGUAAUGAUGCGGGUUGUUUUAGCCUCGGCCUACUUGCGUAUUGUCCGUUAUUUCACCCCAAAGCUACGAUCCAACAUGACGACACGUUUUUUUUGACUCCUGAGAAAAGACUUGAAAAGUGAAGGGUGCCAGAGAAGUAGCCCACCCAUUAACUUACUAUCAUAGCAUCUGCUAAGAGCUAAGCCCCACGACCCCCUCCCAAACAACUCUACAAAAGAGACUAAACAAAUGAUGUUUGGUGCUAAACAUUAUCAGACUUGAUUCUGGGGAAGUAUGCGUAGCUAUUUGCCCCUACCAUUAUUGUGUCUUGAAAUAUUUUUUUUUAUAAAUAAACAUGUUGUUUCAGGCCAGCUAAAUGUCUAAAGAGGCAUAUGUGAACUUUAUGCUAAAAAGAAAGAAAUAUAAGCUGAUCCAAACUUUUGUCAAUGUCAUUGAGAACAAUUCAGUGACCCAUUGAUUGCACAGUAGUGAAUACAUAGAAGUCAGCAUAUUUUCGGGAAUAUAAUCACUAAAGUCUUUUUUUUUUUUUUUUUUUUAGAUUUGUCGUACAGUGUGGAGUGCGAGGCGACGUUCGUUAGUUUAGCAAAGAUGCUAUUCACAUUCGAAUGGUUUUGUGUAAGCUCUCUAGUUGAAAUCUUCAGGUUUUGUAGAUGUUUCUAUGGUAUGAACUAAGCUAAAUCUAAGCUCGACUUUAGCUAACCCUAAGCUGAACGAAGCUAAAGUAAAGUGAAAUAAAGCUGAGGCCAAGCUUGUGCUGCAAAGAACAACAAGGUCAACGGUUAAAGCUAUAGUUGAUCUUGCGAAAAGCUUGCCACCCUCAUUCUGUGCAAUGUUAGGGUCACUUCUUGCCCGCAAGUCACUUUUAAAGAUCCCUCCGUUCACGGGUAAUUGCUUUUUGUUUGUUUGUUUGUUCGUUCGUUUGUUUGUUUGUUUUCUUUUAAAACUAUUUUGAUUCUUUUAAAAGCUUAUGUUACUAAACUAUAGAAGUUAUACAGCUAUGACUUUCUUCAAGAAAGGAAAUGUUUUUGUUCAAAUAUAAUUUGUAUUUAAUGCCUUUUUUAAAUAAAAAAUGUAAACACUAUUUUUGUUUACACAAUGACA